AUGCAGACAAAUGAGCUCGUGCUUUGUCGGUAUCGGCACAUCUGGAAUAUUGAUCUGCGCUUCCGUCCGGCCUUCCUGGGUGGCAUAAUGCAUGAAACAGGUAACAAGCCCCCAGCAAUGUUGCCAAAGCGUGGAGAAUACAUGCUGAAGGAUAUGAAAAGGAUGGCAAAAUACUACCAAGUGCCUCUAAAAGUUUCAGGAGAUGACUUCAAACGUAUCCUUGGUACAAGCACUCUUGGGGCCAUGCGUUUCCUCACAGCCAUUGAUAUGACACAACCACAGUACCUGGAAACUGUCUCUAGAGAGUUCUGGGCACGUUUUUGGUCACAGCAUGAAGAUAUCAGUGAGACGGACAGUAUAGUGGCUGUUGCAGGACAAGCUGGGCUGUCAUCAGAGGUCACCCAGCAGCUACUUGAAAUGAUUUCAUCCCCUGCAGUGAAGAACCGACUGAAAGAGACAACAACGGAAGCAAUAAAAUACGGGGCCUUUGGGAUGCCUGCUGUUGUGGCACAUUAUAAUGGGGAACCUCAUCUCUUUUUUGGCUCUGAUCGUGUAGAGCUGCUAGGCAGCAUGAUAGGUGAAAAAUGGCUGGGACCUGUUCCAUCAGUUCCAAGUGCCAAGAUGUGA